GACUCACAUGACCGACCAACGCUGACUCUGGCGCGCCUCGCUCCAGCGUCAGACCCGGCCAUCGCUCGCUCCCUUCUGGGUGUCUGCUCCAGGUGGCCCUGAGGGCGUGCUGGCCGGGGGUGGCCCCAAGAGUAGGAGGCGGAGGCGCAGGGGGACCAGCCCUCUGCAGGUCUGCGGGUCCAAGUGUCCGGGCGGCGCACUCGCGGCGAGAAUCGGGAGGAAGACGAGACGGCAAGGAUAGGCCCAGGAGCAAUGGCGUCGAAAGAGGAACACGCAGUAAAAAAUCUCAACAUGGAAAAUGCCAACCAGGACAAUGAAAAACAGGAUGAAAAGGAGCAAAAUGCUAAUAAAGGAGAACCCUUGGCCCUCUCUUUGGAAGCUGGUGAAUAUUGUGUACCUAGAGGAAAUCGUAGGCGGUUCCGUGUUAGGCAGCCCAUCCUGCAGUAUAGAUGGGAUGUGAUUCAAAGGCUUGGAGAUCCCCAGGCAAGGAUGGGAGAAGAUAAUAUGGAAAGGGUUGGGGAGGAGAUGAGACAACUGAGGCAAAAGCUGAGGGAAAAGCAACUGAGUCAUAGUCUGCGGGCAGUUAGCACUGACCCCCCUCGCCAUGGCCAUCACGAUGAGUUUUGCCUUAUGCCUUGAAUGCUGAUGUUUUCCCUGCAGUUAAUAGGGAGACACACACUUGCUUCCUAAACUUACAUAUUCGUGAUGUACCUUCAUUGUAAACCUUUUGGUGUUACUUGUUUCCUGUGGGUCUCCUAUUACCAGGUUCUAAUUGAAUGUUGUGUUUUCACCCAAUUUGUAAGUUUCUGUCAGCAGGGGAGUCUUACCUAUUGCAUGGAAAGAUGUUCAUUACAUAUUGUGAAGUUAAUAAAGCAAUUUAAAAAAGCA